GUUCGUUGAAAAGAACCGAAGGGAGUUGGGCUAUUCUCUAUUAGCAAUAUUGUGUUGUAUUUCUUCCUAGUUACGGCUCCGUAACUUUGUACUUGGAUUAUGUAGAACACUGGAUAAGGUGCGCAUUUUUGCAUUGGUUCGAUGAGUGGUUUAGCCACAAAAGGGAAAAGGCUAACUGUGUGUGCGUAAUUUUUUUAUCGCCAUUUGUGACUUCGCUUCACCGAUCGAUGCUAUAACUACAGAGAUCGUUAGCUCCUGGUAGUAAGUGACAUCUUCGCAAAUGGAUAAAUUUGAAAAAUUGGGAAAGAUCGGCGAGGGAUCAUAUGGCGUUGUGUUUAAAUGCAGAAAUAAAGAAACAGGGGAAAUUGUUGCCAUCAAGAAGUUUGUGGAAUCGGAAGACGAUCCGCUGAUAAAGAAGAUUGCAAUGAGGGAAGUUCGCAUGUUGAAGACACUUAAACACCACAAUCUAGUAAACCUGCGGGAUGUUUUCAGAAGAAAACACAAGAUUCAUAUGGUGUUUGAAUAUUGUGAUCACACAGUUCUAAAUGAGUUAGAAGCUCAUCCAAGAGGUGUUGAUGAAAAGCUUGUCAAAAGGAUCACUUAUCAGACACUUCAAGCUGUCAGCUUUUGUCAUUCACACAAUUGUAUUCACAGAGAUGUUAAACCAGAAAAUAUUCUCAUAACAAAAGAUGGGGUUAUAAAGCUGUGUGACUUUGGAUUUGCCAGAAUGUUAACUAAAAAUGAUGAAUAUACAGACUAUGUUGCUACACGUUGGUACCGUGCUCCAGAGCUUCUGGUUGGUGAUGUUUAUUACAGCUUUCCAGUGGAUGUGUGGGCUAUUGGAUGUGUGUUUGCAGAGCUCAUUACCGGUCAGCCAUUAUGGCCUGGGAGAUCUGAUCUAGAUCAGUUGUACUUGAUCAGAAAGACACUAGGUGAUCUAACCGAGAAUCAAAAGAAGAUUUUCAAAGCAAAUCAGUUUUAUCGUGGAUUAGCAAUUCCAGAACCUCAAGAAACGGAUCCGUUAGAGUCUAAAUUUAAACAACCUCAAGCUUUGAGUUUUAUGAAGUGUUGUUUUGCAAUGGAACCGAGCCUCAGAUAUUCCUGCGACGAACUCCAGAAGCACGAAUAUUUCAACGAUUACGAACCAAUGAAGGCGCCUCCUCCGGUCAAAACGAGAAAAACGCGGCCUCGAAAUAAACCUCAGCUGGAUAAUGACCCGCCAUCACAUCACUUACCCCAACUCGCUACUGACUCGCCCGCGCCAGACAGAACAGACAAAGGCAAAGACAAAACGAAACUGAGCAAGUUGGACCACCUUCCUUCCAUCUAGCCAUCACAUUUUUUAACAGUAAUAUCAAUUAUUAUUAAUGAUAAUAAAUAGUAAUGUAUUCAUAGUGUAUGUGUAGCAUACACUCAGGGUUUUUCGGGGCGUUUUUUAGCGGGGGAGGAGGGGGAAUGUAUCGAUGCAUAUGUUCCUCUUUGUUAACAAAAUAAAGGGGAGGGGGGAAAAUAGGUAAUUUACUGUAAUAACAUAAACUAGGAUUUUCUCGUGAACCCUUAAAACAAUUUCGGUAAAGUUUCCGCCGUUCAUGUUGACGUCACGGAACGCUCUCUAAAGUAGACGCUUCUUUUCAGUGUUGCGCGACAUCCUAAGGAACCGCUGUACAGGAGACUAAUUGCUUACUCAAAGGCAAUUUCUGAACGCAGUAUUUGCGCUAAUAUGUUACAUCUAAAAUCAUCGCUACUUUUACUUGCUUCGCAGAUAUUAAGCUAUGGAAAUGACAUGCACACUGCAAAAUAUGUACGCGCGGUCGUUAAUUGCAAUUAAUAACGAAAUAUUUGAUGCUAUCAAGUCUUUUUCUCUGUAUUUAUAGCUAUGUUAAAUUAUUGGUAAGGGGUUUGUAACUAGGAUAAUGCCACCAAUGUGGUGCAGUUUAUCUAAAUUUUUGGGUAAGGAUCUGUACAAUGUAAGGGGUUGAACCUUAGGUCCAAUUUUCUGACUAUGUAUUUUCUUCCGAAUUUUUGUGAAAAACAGGCUCAGUUCUGUUUUUUGGUUUUUUUUUGGUGGUUUAUAGCCUUAAUUGAAUAUUAGCUCAAUUCUGAAUACUUCCUGUUAGCUGAAACAUUUCAUAUGGAGCCGACAUGGAGAAUUUAACUUGUCAAGAGUUUCUCUGGUUUAAUCUCAUGAAAUAAAUGCUGGAUUCAGUAAUGAUACUGUAAGGAGAAAGUAGACGCCAAUCAGUCCUAUGGGUUAAAGGUUUUACAAGGAAUUUUUCAAAGGGGAAGAGGGUCACAGUUAUGAAUUCUAUGAGCUUAUCACGUGAUGUGACUCAUAUCAACCUCGUGUAUUAACGGGCUCGUAUCCACCUAGUCAGAAGGACUGGCCAAUAGAAUAACUAGCAUUAGUAUAUACCACACAAGUGAAAAGUGCUUUUUGCGCACGCUGAUGAGCUAGUUCGGAGGUAAAUAGCAAGUAGUAUUCUCUUCCGAGCAGCCAAUGAGACAAAACCGCGCGUCAAAAGAUUAAUAAACGACCAUUCUACGGAAUUUUGGAAAAAAUAAACCCUUUUUUUUUUUUUUUAAAUAUCUGUGUGGUAUAUAUUUAAAACAGUUAUCUACCUCUACGUCGGUAAAUAAAUGUUGACUAAGACACAAUUCAACCGUAACGGUUUUUCGAAUUUGCGCGUUUUUAAUGUCAAAUUAUGAAAGGAACAAUCAACGAGAACGGGGGAGA